CACCAGCAGGCAGCAGGUGAUAGCAUGUUUGAAGUUAUGUCGAAGUAAAGUGCUUUAGCAAUAACGACCACACCAACCUCAAGCACUUGUUGUGAUGGCCACCCCCAAAGUUGCGCUUGUGACCGGUUCCAAUAAGGGCAUUGGUCUGGCGGUAGUGCGGUCACUGUGCAAACAAUUCACAGGCGACGUUUACUUGGCUUCCCGGGAUGUCGGUCGAGGGACAGCGGCAGUAGAGAAUCUCAAAGCAGAGGGUCUGAAACCCCUGUACCAUCAGCUGGACAUCACAGACCCAGAGAGUGUGCGCACUGCGCGGGACUACUUUCAGGAAAAUUAUGGUGGUUUGGACGUUCUCAUCAACAAUGCAGCCAUAGCAUUCAAAAUGGCUGACACCACACCAUUUGGAGUCCAAGCAGAGGUGACGCUGAAGACCAACUUUUUCGCAACCAGGAACAUGUGCAAUGUUUUUCUUCCUAUUAUAAAAGCAGGUGGUAGAGUUGUGAACGUCUCCAGCGUCAUGGGCGCCAUGGCCCUGAGCAGAUGCAGCCCGGAGCUGCAGGCCCGCUUCCGCAGUGACGACAUCACGGAGGAAGAGCUGGUGGGCCUGAUGGAGCGUUUCGUCAAGGAGGCACAGGAGGGCGUCCACUCAGAGAGAGGAUGGCCAAGCACGGCCUACGGCAUCUCCAAGACUGGCCUCACCGUCCUCUCCAGGAUCCAUGCCCGCAGGCUGAGGCAGGAGAGACCCCAAGACAACGUCCUGCUCAAUGCCUGCUGCCCUGGCUGGGUGCGGACGGACAUGGCGGGGCCCGAUGCUCCUAAGUCACCAGAUGAGGGCGCUGUUACCCCUGUAUACCUGGCCUUGCUGCUUCCAGGGGCAGAAGAACCUCAUGGCCAGUUUGUGUCAGAGAAGAAAGUGCAGCCCUGGUGAGCAGUGGAACAGGAUUGAAGUCAGGAGAGUGUAGACCUUGUGAUGGUAAACAAACCUCAGCAUAAACAUGUAGUAAUGUUUUUUACACACAUUGAAUGUGUAGAUGCCCAGUGAUCAACUAGAUGACAGCAUUUCAAUAGGACUGCAGAAGAAGAUGAAGAAAGAGGACUUGGCACCUGUGCAUUCUGAAGCUAUGUGUGUAAUAUUGUCAGUGUAUUACUGUUUGUAUUUAAUAUUUUCAAAUUAGGUUACCUUUUAAUAGUCUUUAGUCAAAGAUGCUAUAUGUAGAAGUCACUUCAAAUACCAUUAUGCCUGUCAUGGUACUUGUGUGGUAUGUGGUACUGUGAUUGCAUUGUUUUCCUGUUUUUUGUGACAUAGCAAAUGUUUAGGUACAGAAUGGGGUUUUUGAGAGUGGACAGGACGUUGGGGCUGGGUGGUUAGCAUGCAAAAUUUCGUGGAUGUGACGGCAACCAAUAUAGGCAUUCAUGAGAUUGUGUCACAUUCUGUUGCUAGUGAGUUUGGGAAGGUUUAAACUAAGAUUCUUACACAUAACACCUCUAAUCAUCCAUAGACCCUACUGUAUGUUCACACGAACAUCACCAUGAUGGCAGAUUUAUUAUUUACUAAAAGAAAAUAUUUUAGAUAUUUUUUAAUUAAAUCUUACGCCCUACACUGUGUUUUGUGAUUGAAUGUACCAUGUUUUGCAACUUGCUGUGAAUGAUUAUUGUUUGAUGAAGUGUUAACUUGUGUUAGAUCAUAAACAUUUAACACCAUG